UGCGAUUAGCGACUGGUGAGGUGAUGGAACGGAACCAAAACUUGGUUUUUUUUGGCCAACAACCACAACUGUUUCCGCCAACCGAUGACCCGGAACGACCGUCCCUUUGGAAACCCUCUCGCUUAAGCGCCAGUGUAGCUGAAGGCUACACUGCGAAAGGGCGUGUUACUUGGAGAACCCGGCUCAGCUUCUCAGGGCAGGUCAAGUGAGAACCACUUAUUAAAAGCGCAUCAAAAAAACGAAGAUAGAUAUCGAACAAGGAACUCAAAAACCACAAGUCUGUCGAAAGUGCGUUUCGUAAAAGAAUCAAGCCUAGAAUUAAACUUAACAUCCACUUGUUUAUUCUCUAGGGGGGCAGGGUUUACAGUUUGGGGUCACGUGCACGUGUAAGGGGAGAGAUCUCUUAAAUCUAGUCUGACCUGCUACAGCCUAAGGCUGUUUUUUUUUUUGUUGCUGCACUCUCAGUCGCCGGCGUGGUCCACUGGCUCGAGGAUUUAGCGCGUCCUCUACGGACUCGCACGCCUGUCCGAUUCUCGAUCGGAAGUUGGCCAGCUGGGCUGGCGUGAACGACUGGGUCCUCUGGCUCACGUGCGUUGGCGGGCACGCUACGGACACGUUGCUCUGCUGCUGCGGCUGCUGACUCGCGGUAUCGCUACUGUUGCUCGGCGGAUGAACGCCGCUGCCGACUACGCUGCCGGCCGGUUCUCGCGAUCACAGGUGCUGAUCUGCUACUGCUACGUCUGGGCGGGCUCUCGGGCCGCCUGGUACGAACGCUGCUACUGGGCAGGACUCCCACGUUGGUGAGACUUCGCUGGGACACGUGGCACUCGAUCUUGGCACUUCCAGGCGCCGGUGAGGUCCACUCGCUCAGAGAUUUGACGCGUCUCCUACGGACAACUCACCUGCCGAUCGUUGUCGGAUUGUUCGCCAGCGAUGCUGGUUGGAAACGGCUGGGUCCAAUGGCUCACGUGCGUUGGCGGGCACGCUACGGACUCGUGCUUCGAGCUAAAGUUGCUGGCCACGUGUCGCGGGUCAAUCGCCGGUUCGAACGGAUGUAGACGAAAGUCGAUGGUGGUCCAGUGGCUCAAGGUUGAUGGCGGCAACCUCUACGGACGACACCACGUGGCCGCGUGGGCGGCUCAGCGGGCCAGCUAUGCUGGAGCCUCGUCGACGAUCGCGUCCUGUGGCUCGGAGGGGAUGGUGUGGCCUCCUACGGACUCUCGGCGGACCCUGGCGGAUAGGCACGGUUCGUUCGCUGUGCGGGCUUGCUUGGGCUGCUCCGGUGUGAAGCACGCGGUGGCGUGGUGCUUACCUCACAGUGCUGCACCGCGUUGUGAAACGUUCGCAGGUGCUGGUGGGAUGUAGAACCUACCAAAAGAACCUUCGCCUGAAGGUUCUACGGGCGAAACGGGGCAACUUAGAUCACUGGCCUAAUUUAAUGUAUUUAAUUACCUUUGGUUCUGGUUUGUAACAACACGCCCGCGGGGGGGGGGGGGCGGUGGAGCGGAAAAACGCUAAUCUAGCGACUUGGGCCUAAUUUCACAAAAUUGGUAAAGUGAUCUAAAUUAAUUAAAAGAACUACAAUAACUCGGGAGUGAACUCACGUCCAAAUACACUUCGCUUUGCACACGCGGACUUAAAUUCAACGGCUUGGCUAAUUGGCAGACUUGUAAAUUUUCGCAACUACUACACAUCCCUAAAUGCUGGUGAUCUUCACUAGCGCACGAUCUCGGAGCAAAUGGCAGAGAGCCCUUGACGACACUAGGUCGAGACCUUGACCGCGAAAAAUGGCUCACUCGUGGCCGGCUCUGAUUGGUCAAGGCCGAGUCCUACUCGCAAGGUGCCCUGGUUGCUAAGCACUUAGCGGAAAAUUGAGAGAGUUUCGGCCAGGUCAAUAUAUCACACGAUCAUCGUCUACGGGAGAUGUAGAGUUGACCUAUUUUUUUUAAUUUUUAGUUCCGAAACUCACCACCUCACCCAGUUGGCGCUCGCUCAUUUAGGGGAAAUUGAUGAUCGCCCAUGAUCGUUCUUAAUAUG